AUGAUAGAAAAUCAAUUAGUAUCAAACACCUCCUCCUCCUCCUCCUCCUCUGCUGGUCUCAAGACCGAAGAACCGCAAGCUCCUAUUGUUGCUAAAAACCCAAAAUCAAUGAAUGAAGCAAUGUCGUUAUUAGAUAGAAUGGAUAAACAAUUCAGGGCUUAUGUUGGUCAAGCCAAUACAAUUUAA